AUGAGUGAAAUUGCCGUCUCCUCAUCCGGUAGGCCAAGCAUGGGGCCUGUCACACUUCCCGCUGUCGCUUGUUUUGAAUUCAUCUUGGAUGAAAGUUUAUUAGAAAAACACUUGAGCGAGCCCAAUCCAGAUCCAACACCUGGUCAGAUGAUUGUGAAUUUUAUGCAACAGGCUGAAGCUCAGAACAAUGCAACACUUCCUACUCACAAUAAGGGUGACAUGGGUAAUAAUCACACAGGCUCUGCCGAUGUUAAAUCAGAAGAUAUUCCAGAAAACAAGCUCCCAGGAUUUAAUAAGAAGGUGAAAGCAUUGAAGAUUCUGGCACUUAAAGUGGCUGCCUUUCUGAAAUGGGAUCUGGAAAUUCUUGGCAAAAGUAUUCCUCUAACAAUGGCCCAGACAUUGCUACUUGAACUGGUUCGAGCCACUAUGGGCAAUGGUAGUAUUGAGAAAGUGAACACAGUCCUGGAUUUCAGCAGUCUUUCUGAUGAGGCUGCCUUUGCUGUUCAGCUCUUCCAUAGAUGGUGUAUAGAAACAGUUGUCAUGGAUACUUUUCCGAACAGGCCUCAGAAAACUAGUUUUGUGUCUGUACCUGGUAUUCAAGAAGCCAUGUUUACUCUGGCUGGUAUCAAUGAAUCACUUGUCCGUUUGUUAAAAGAUCAAAUAAAGAGUUCUGUGGACAAUCUGAAACUGUUCCUUAAACAUUGUCGAGACCAAAUGGUCCCUACUCUCCAGUACUUCUGUGUUCCUACAGAAAUUUCAAAUCCAACUGAUAACCACUCAGAAAAAGGACUCAAAGUACCUGCUAAUGAAUUCAAAACUCAGGUUUCUUAUUCAUUGGGAAUGUAUUUUUUCCAUCUGGAAGAAUACACAGAAGCAUAUGAAAUGUUUAAACUUACAGAGGAGGCAUUUGUGCCUUCUGGUUAUUAUUGUCGAGUAGAUGAAAGUCACCUGAAAGGUUACUUAGUUGCUUGUCGAAACAUAUUAUCUGUGCCUUUGCCACCUACCCACACACUCUCCCUUUUUGAACAGGUAGAAGCAUCCAAAGCCAAUGGUUAUAAAAACCUUACUGAUAUUUUGAUGAAAGAUAAUAUCAAGAGAGACCUUUCUGCAGAAUAUCGCCAUCAAAUCCUGGAAGAGCUCAAUCGAAAACCCUCUAACGAUAUGGUAAAUCUGAUGCUUCAAGUGAGUGCCUGUAAUAUUGUCUAUGAGGUAAUGGAUGGCCGUGUUGUGAUGUCCAGUUUCAUGGAUGAAAUGAAACGAGGAGGACAGAAAGCUGCAGAGUUUCUCCUCAUGGUUCUCUCACAUGCUAUGAAGGGUGCGAACAAUGCAGAGCGUGAACAUCUCAAAUGCUUUACCGGGCAUAUGGCUCAACUUUUGCCACGAGAAACAAAGUUUGUAGCAUUGCUAACCAAAAGUGAAGUCUACUCGUAUUUCAAUGAUGCUGAGCGGAUUGAAAUGACAAGUUUUGAAGAUGAUGAAGACUUGAUGAAUGAAGAAAUAUCUUUUGAUUAUGGGCAGUCUUAUAUUCAAGACUCUACAUCUUCAGUUGUUGAUGCUGAAAGACAGAUUUUGUAUGAAUUCAAUCCUCGGAAAGUUGAAGAAUUGAUCAUUAAGUUGACCCAAAAGUGGGGUCGUCAUCCAAAUCAGAUAAUGGCUCUCUCUAACCAUUGGCAGGUACCAAAACCCCUACGACACAUGCUGGAAAGCAUGCCAUCCAGUAUGCAACAGACAUAUGCCUAUAUUCUUGUUGGCAAAUCCCGACAUUGUCUUAAACUCAAGUCAUAUGACAUUGCUCAAGAACUUCUAUCAUCUGCCCUGAUGGCUAUCAAAGACUAUAACUUUGCUCUGAAGAAGCAUUUGCAAUAUCAGAUGUUGUUGGUGGACCUCUGGCAGGCAGACAGCAGCCAUUGCAGUAAUGAGCAGUUGCAUGACUUAGCAAAUAAAGCCAAAUCUUGCCUCAAUACUGUUAGAUCAGGACAAGAGACUCCUCCAACUCCUGAAGUUGUUGAACAAGCAGCUGCUUUCUUACUGAAUGUUAAAGACUGGGAAUAUUUGAGUAAUAUGGAUGGCUCUUCAAAUGGUUUUAUUGAAAUCAGCUUCCUGUUAGCAAGAGCUUGUAAAGAAAUUAACAACAUAAAAAAUGUUCGGAAACCUGCCCGAGAGUUAUGGGAAGCAGUUGGAAAUAUAUUCUCAUCCAUUACAUCUCAAAAACGGUCAAGUUCUGGCCGAGAGACCACAGUACAUCGGGAUAAUUCUUUAGCCAUCAUGUCAAAGGAAAGCUUUAACCAGUUUAUCAAAAAACUUAAGGAACCUGUGCUGAUUACUUUCCUGAUUUCUUGUCUUACCAGACAGUACAAUAUCCUUAAGGACAACAUUAGCAGUGAUAUCUUCAAUACUUAUACAACAAUAUGGCCAUUCACUAUCAACAAUAGCAGUUCAAUGAAUAUUCCUGCUUUGGCAGAAUCGGUGAUGAUUCUCAUGCAACAUGCCCUCAAAGAAGAUGCCCUUAAUCCAUCAUGGCUCAGGAUUCAGGCAGAUAUUUACUAUGCUCACAAUCAAUAUAAUGCAGCUAUGAAGUAUUACUUGGAGGCUGGUGUUGUGUCUUCAAAUUAUUUUGCCAUUCCAGUACCUCAUCCUAUAUAUGAUGAAGCAGUUUAUAAGAAAAUGAUCAAAUGCUGUUCCUAUCUACAAUGCCAUACACAGGUUGCUGUUUUAUGCCAAUUUCUUGAGCCAGUGGACUAUCCAGCUGCUUUCAAAGCACUACAAGAAACUCAAACCUAUGAUGCCCAGGACACCUACUACUGCUACAUUUGGGACCUCAAUAUCUUAGAGUACCUCACUCACAUUCACACUAAACGUGGAGAGCUGAUAAAGAAGCAGCAAGUGUUAAAGGCACUAGGGCAGAUGGACCUAAAUGUCUGCAAUCCUGAGGAUAUCCUGCAUGAAGCAAUCCAACAUCGGAAGAGCAAUUUUCUUCGAGCAAUGGCCAAAAUGUAUUUGUAA